AUGAAAACUUAUUGGUGGUCAUCAGUAAAUUAUUCUAAUAUAAAAAUCUAUUAUGUUAAUUCGGAAAAUGAAUAUUUAAACAAGAAUAAUAAUGAACAACUUCAUCAAAAACUCCUUCGUGAUGGUUAUUUUAUGUCAAAUCAACUAUGGAAUAUGUUUGAAUCAUGUUUUUUUGAUUUAUCAGAUGCUGCAGCAGCCAGCAUUGAUCCAUGUUAUCAAUUAUUUACGUUAAAAUUUGUUGACUUACUUGAUGAUGCUGGAUAG